AUGGCUACCAACACACUCCACACUCCGGGAUUAAUUACAGCUGGUAUAGAUGGCAUCGAGGCUGAAGCGUUUCCUAGUGAGGAUUCGAUGAAGGGGUCCAAGUCGAAAUCUCCUUCCCGGGACUCUGCCAAUGACAAUGGAUUCCGUUGUGAGAUUUGCAACAAAGCUUACCCGCGGCGUGAUCUACGAGAUCGACACCGGCGUCGAUGUGCCGCCAAAGGAGGCCAGAGCCGCAAAUCCAAGCAGAAGUCCUGUGAAACAUGCGCGCAAAAGAAGAUCCGCUGUUCAUUGUCCCGUCCUAACUGUGAUCGAUGUGCUCAAUUAGGAAUCUCAUGCCAAUACCCUUCCGGUAUAAGAGAGGCGGGGAAGAAUUCGCGCCUGGUCAAUACGAAUCUAUCUAUGACCCCAACUAUUCAGGAACAGCCACAGAACAUCAAUUUCACACCCGAGCACACACAGUGUGUCGAGGUCAGUUCUGUCUCGAUGACCGACACUCCAGAUGAAACCCACCAGGAAUCUCUGGGACCCAUGCCGGACCUCAACGCUCAACUACCUGACGCAUGGCCACCAUUUGAUUUUGAAAAUAUGCAAUUUACAGAAGAUGAAAUACCAGGAGACUUUUGGUCUUACCCAACUGAGACAACAGGGAGCUCUCUACCCUGGAAUGGAGACAUAACGCACCUUCCAGAGUUUGAACUCACCGGGUCACUGGACUCUGUUUAUACAUCAACCUCCGACUCUGUUUCAGGGCAUCUCGAUCUCACCCAACAGAUAGAAAACGAAUCAAGCCCGUCCGCACCGAGCGGUCAAUCGAAUUCAUCAUCUUCGCCAGUAAGCAGCAGUUUCACCGAAGAGGAGCGUUCAAUGUCUGUAAACCUGGACAAUAGGCUUUACAGUCCCUCUCACCUCAUCUUCGGACACACCUUCAUAGUCGGUCUGGGACGUCAAAUCCGGGGCGACACAAGCAGUCUGUGUCAGGAGAUGCUCGAGCAUCUGCGGGAAUAUCCCGGUCUCAUUCUCGAUAGAGAGUUCUGGUCCCCCUUCGUCCACCACAGAUUAUACCGCUGCUCUUUGGGCGGAAUGGCACCACCGAUGGCAGACGCCUUGGCUUGUGUAGGUGCUUAUGCAAGCACAGCUGGCUCAGGUUCCGGUUUCGUCGAUCGUAUGAUAUCCCAAGAGCGGGAGAAGCUUGUGCGCAAUUUCCACAGCUACACCGAUACCCCGGAAUUCUGCCUGGCUGCUAUGCAUGCUGUAUGCAUUUACCAGAUUAUGGGGUUGUUCGGCGACAGCUUUAUACCUGCUGCAGUUAAGAAGCCAGUGUUUAGCAAUGGAAGCGAGGAGCGACGGCAGGAGUUUGAGAGACAUGCCGAACUCUACAGCUCAUUCCUGUUGAAGAUGACCCGACGACUGUCGAGUAUCCAUUCAAAGGCCCUCCAAAUCCAUCACGAGGAUGAGAACGAUUGGAACCAAUGGAAGUUCAUGGAAUCCCUUCGCCGGAACUUCUUCUUCGUUCAUAUAAUCAACAUCCUGGAGUCAAAGGCACGGAAGUUAAACGAGAGCUACUUUGAGCCACUGAACGACAACAUGAUCCUCAGGCUUCCACUUCCUGCCCCGGAACGAAUGUGGCGGGCAUGCAGCGCCGAAGAGUGGAUGCUUGCGCGUACACAAACACUGGGACAUUCGACUUCACCCAAGUCCACUGGAUGUGGGGCUGAACCGAAUCUUCGGACACUGGGAAGUGUCUUGCAGGCAGUCCAUGCAGGAAAGGUGAAUGUCGCGUCGUUGUUGCCACUUACUCGUAUGAUCCUGGCGAGCGCUAUCAUUUCCCCACCGGGUUCUGCAUCGUUCUAA